GAGUGUUUCCGACUGGGAAAAUGUUGAAAUCGUGCAAAGCGAUAAACCGAGAGCGUGGUGUAACAUUAAUUUUAAACUAAACAAUAUGAAGACCACAAGCGUGAUGACUCAAUUUCUUGUUUGUAUGUUGCUAUACGGUCUUAUUCUGCAGUGCCAAUCUUCAAAAAUAUCAAAAGAACAAAUCAAGCUGGAACAGUUCAAAAACGAAGAUAACACGUUUCACUUGAUGGAGAAACGAUCAACAAAUUCAGAAAUUGAAACGUUGGAAGAUUCAGAAGAACACAGAACGAAAAGGAGCCUCAACUCGUUUUGGCGAUACAUUUGUUCCAAAAAGCCUUGCUUGAGAAAAUGUCGAGAAUAUCGUCGACCCUUAGCACGUCCUUAUCGUGGGAAAAACCGUCUGGUGAAAUGCUGCAAACGAGGUAUUCUGCAAAUGAAUUAUUGCAGACUGUAUGAAAUGGUGAUGUGAAAGAAGCUCCUCAACAAAAUAUGUAAAUGAAACUGACUUCGCUUUCGCUUAGUUUUGCAGACCAUGUUAUAAGACUUUACUUGAUGACGACAAUUUACAUAGAUAUAAACUUACUUCAAACAUGUGGAAAUCAAUGUUUUUUACACGCCUAUAUAUUCUUCAACAUUUUAAUGUUUUGUCGAUAUACUAUUAUUUAAAAUUUAGGGCAGAGAUGAUUGUAAAUAAUAAACUCCUUUCACGUUCAGAUCCUUCCGGUCCAAUUCAACAAAGUACAAGUCUAUGCACCAUUUAGUAUAUACGUUUUAAUUCAGAAUUUCAGCUUUUAAUUUAUCUAAAUCUAAAAACUCAUAUUAAUAAAUGAUGACAUUAAAUGUUAUUUUUUUUUUACCAAGCACAUCCUUUUGUCUGUAUGGCCAUCGUAUUUAUUGCAUUUACUCGAUGAAUAGUUUAAUAUUCUUCUACUUUUUGUAAAAUAUCUACAAUGACUAGUGUAACUUAGAUCAUAAUUAGAAGCGGCACUGAAGUGAUAACCCGUCAUAACAUGACGUCACACUUUAAGAUGGCGUGAGUACAGAGACCUUGUCCAACGACAAAGUUCCCCAUAACCAACCUUGCCCCGACCUAUGAUCGACCUAUGAUAAUCUGAAUAUGGAAGUUUUCAGUCCCCAAGAAAUCACUCUGUUGUUGGCCACAUUAGAUUCAUUUUACAUUGCUGAUGCGUGGCUUCUGAUUCCUAUAAAUUUUUCUAAUAUUUUUAUUUUAUUUGAAAACAACCUCGCCAAAAUACUAUUGCAUAUUAAGAUGCUAAAAUUCCGAUAGCAUAAAUGAACCAAAUGUAGGUUCUUUGUAAAGACCUUUGUAAAAAGCCUAUUUAACAAUAUACGUUCUGUUAUGACACAUAUUGGCAGCAUG